GUUAAAGUUUACGUGAUGAGAUAUUUUCAGUUUUGUUUAGUGUUAUUAUGCAGGAAUCUGGAAGCUGUCUUCUACUUUAUCUCUGGCGUAACCUGGUGGGCGCGCGGCCGCUGGCGGCGCCGCGUCGGCGCGCGCGACUGCAAGCGGUCGCCUCCGCCCGACGGCGACCAUGCGCGAGCGCGGGCGCGCAGUCCGAGCCCGCCGCGCCGCCCGACCGCGCGCAUCAUGCUCAACAUGAAGCUCAAGGAGCGCCUCGCGCUCGCCGUCAGCGCCUUCCUCGUCCUCUUCACCCUCAUGCUCAUCGUCGACAUUCAGAUGGACUAUGGCAUCUCCGGGCAGAGGGUCCCCCUCCACGGCCGCGUCAAGAUCGGCGACGACACCGACAAGGGGAAGUCGGCCUAUAUCGAGUUUCGGAAACGGUUUUUGCAAAAAAGUAAUGGCAGCAACAGUUCCCGAGAGUACGAGCCGAGCGAAACUAGCGGCAGCGGCGCCGACGCCGAGCCGCGGACGCCGGCGCCACCUGCCGACAAAUUUGAAGACUUGCAGCGCAUCGUGGAUGCCCAACGACUAGGAGCGCAUAACCACGCGGUGGUUGUACCGCCGCAUAAAGACCUUAAUGUGCUCCGGCCUGAGAAUCCGACUAUAGGGGAGAUGGAAGACUUGGAACCUAGCGUGAACGCGUCCAACCUGGAGAAGUUCCAGCUGCGGAUAGCGCAGCACGAGCUGUAUGAAGACGGCGAGCCGCUCGUGGACGCCGUGGUCAAGGACAUGGUCACGCUGCCCGUGCUGCACGCCGAGCAAAAAGAAGGAGGGACCCAGCUGAAGCUCAUUAUCGACUACCCCAACGGUAUUCAAGCGCUCUUCAAACCAAUGAGGAUACUGGGAUUUCGUCGAGCCAUGCCAGUAGUCGGGCGCAUCCUAAACAUGACCACAGAGAUCUACGAUGUCACCGAGGGUGACAUCUUGAAGACAUUCUUCGUCUCGCCGGCGAACAACUUCUGCUUCCACGGAAAGUGCUCCUACUACUGCGACACCGGGCACGCUAUCUGUGGGAACCCCGACAUGUUGGAGGGAAGUUUCGCUGCGUUCCUUCCUUCCUCCGAGCUAGCUGAACGAAAGGUGUGGAGACAUCCAUGGAGACGAUCGUAUCACAAACGAAGAAAAGCCCAGUGGGAGUUGCAGUCUGACUACUGCGAAACGGUGAAAACUACGGCGCCGUACGACUCGGGGCGGCGGAUGCUCGACUUGAUGGACAUGGCCAUCUUCGACUUUCUCACCGGCAAUAUGGACCGGCAUCACUAUGAAACUUUCAAAAUGUUCGGGAACGAAACGUUCCCGCUGCACUUGGACCAAGGCCGCGCGUUCGGCAAGGCGUUCCACGACGAGCUCAGCAUCCUGGCGCCGCUGCUGCAGUGCUGCCUCGUGCGGCAGACCACGCUCGCCACGCUACUCAAGUUCCACAACGGCAAGCCGCUUUCAUCGUCCCUCCGAGACGCGAUGAAGGUGGACCCGGUCUCGCCCGUCCUCUGGGAGCCGCACAUGGCCGCCCUAGACCGGCGGACCGCCAUCAUUCUCGACGCCAUCCGCAAGUGCGUCCAGAAAUCCGAAGCCCCCGUCGACAACAACGAUGUCAACGACUUUGUAUGACCGUUAGACCCACCUAUGUGAUGGAACUAUGUGUGAUAAAGCUACGGUCUAAGGUAAACACUACCCCGGACUUAGACUUAAGAUUUUAGUGCCAAAGAGUAUCCAAAUGACAUUGGGUGAACGUUUGAAGUCAUUCCACUGACUCUGUAAGAAGCCAUUGUACAAGCCAAAAAUGCCGUUUUCGCAAUGACCAAAUAGGUUUUACAAUUGGAAUCAGUAUUGAUUUGUAGAAGUUUUCUGUAUUUAUUUUAAUGGAACUAAAUUAUUGAUAGGCAUGUUUGUGAUGGCUUGAUUGUGCUGGUUCAGGGGUCCCAGAGAGGGAGAUCAUCCUUGAGUGCCACAAUUUUAUGGAUGUGAUAGUAGUUAGAACAUGGCUCGUUUUAAAUAAAAGAUUCUCAGGUAGAAUUCAAUGGAGAUUUUUGCGCCACACUAAUUUAAUGGGGUGAUUAUGGUAAUACAAUGCGCUGUACAUAAUAAUAGUGAAAUGCAAUAGUUUAAGUUUAGUUUUCGUUUUAGAUUAUUUUGCUAUAUUUAGCUGUCGUAAUUUAAUAGCUAAAAGCUCAAGAAGACAGACAUAUCAUGGUGGCGGAGGGAGCUUCGUGUGAUAACAUGCGGAUUGAGUUGAGAUGUUUUGAUAAGAUUGACUUUAGUAUAUAAGAGGCUAAAUGCUAAUUUGAAAAAUGUUCCCUAUUUAUUGGUUAAAUUUUUAUUGUUUCUACGCAUUUUAUGAUUUGUUCCUUUUUGUUAUUUAGUUCUGCUUCUUAAUUUGUUUAAGUGUGUACUUUAAUCAAAACAUUAAAAUUAUAAAUACUGAGCUAAUAUUCAUUUGGGUAGAUCUCGAAGCGGCAAAGAGGAGCAUUCCAUUUGGUAACAUGAUUUCUUUAGGGUUUGUUGCAAACCUUUGUAAGUUUUGUCCGAAAACUGAAAUGGUAUGCUUUGACAUACAUAUUAAUUUGGCUCCUAUUUGCCGCAUUUUACCUACUUAAAAUAAUUAUGUUAUGUGUAACUUGUGUAAGUGUAACUAUAGUCUAGAGUCAACCAAUGCAAAGUGUUUUUCUUUGAUGUAUGUUCGUUGUGACCGGCAGCUUUAUUUUAAGAACUUCAGAUACCAUUCCUGUUAAUUAAGAACUGUAAAAGACAAAUCAGUGUAUUUCAUUUAAAGUGCAAAGUGUAAUAAAUUGAAGACUAUUGCGUGAAUUUCAACAAGUUCCUGUCUCGGAAAUUUGGCAUCACGACAGAGUAAGUGUAUGUAGGUACUUACGUUUAAAACUUGUUCGGUUUUGUUUUGCAUAAUUUCAUAGAUAGCGACAUCUAAGUCAGAAGGAGUACCGUGAAUACCGUAGUUCGUAAAUUGCGGACAUCUUUCGCUCUUGCUCUAAUUACGCUUCAAUUUGAGUAAAAGAGAAAGAUGCCCGCAGUUCGCAAACUUUGGUUUUAGUGGUUGGGUUUUUGUUAUAUCAAUUCAGUGAUAAGAAAAGUGUUAGUAAAAUAUAUUUAAAUAUGAUUAAAUAAAUCGUGGUAUCGUAAUGCUUACUUCGUACAUGUGAAAAGUGAGCAGUCGUUAAAGAUGUAUUUGUAUUUAUUAAAUUAAUAUGUGCUGCUGUGUUAGUUAAGUGCUACUUAUUGUUGUAAAGAGGAUGGAUGUAUGUCAUAUAUAAGAGAAGUCGACUUGCCAAAGAUGUACCUACAAUGUUAUAAGAUGUAAAAUUAAGUAGGUAUGGAAACAUGAAUACUGUUUUCGAAGCGUGUUUCUGUUGAUCGUUUAUAAAUUAAAAAUGAAAUGAUAUGA